UUGAUGAUGUCACCCAUGGGAAAACAGCAGCAGCCGUGUCUGAUCUCACAGCACGAGUGAGUCCUCUGGUAAAACUGUCAACCCUGGAAUUUGAAUUUCUUGUUUAAAGUUAUUUGUCAUUUAAAGACCAGGUUACGAAGACAAAGAAGUGUAUUGCAACAGGAGGGGGAGGCCUCUGCAGUCUGAAGCUAUUAAUAGCCCUCGCUUGUUUAGGUCUCAUUUUGUGGCUGGUCUGAGAGACUCCCUUCAAAACGUAUAUAUUUCACCUAAAUUCAUACAAUAAAACAUCAAAAUGAACUUUUACAGUCAAAAAUGUUUUGGACUAAAGUAAAUAUGCAUUAUUAUUGUGUGGUAAAUUGUCUCUUUAUUCCCCUUGAACCAAUUCAGACUGGAGCUUUACAUUCACAUCUGUUUUAAAGCCUUACUUGCGUCUCCUUCUGUGGCAGCGCAAAUCAGAGCACAUUUAUUCACACUUCCUGUUUCGCUCAUCAGACCCUUCCGCGUGGAACCCAUCCAGUUCUGUUCGAUGAUGCAACAGGUGUCGACAUGACCGCUUCUCAGCAAACUAGCCCACCUGCUUCCUCUGAUGGCCGCCGUUCGUCCUGCAGCUCCACAGAUGCUGCAACUGGGUUUGCACAUAACGGCUCAGCGUAUGGCUCCGUGUAUGUGUGAGUGGUAGGAGUGAGAUAUGAGUUCACACUCAUACUUCCUAGUUAGGAAACAUCACACCGACCCACUGAGAUGAUCAACAGAUCACAGCGCUACCUGACUGAAGAGAUUGUUUUUCGAGAGGAAGCGAUGCCCCGUUCUUUCCUGGUGAAACGAGGAGGACUGAGGUGGUUGCCUGAAAAUAAACAAUGGCCGACUGAGGAAUUGGUGGAAGCACAGAAGAGGGCCUGGGACGGUUCCUUGCGGCCCGCCUCGGCGGGAACCUUCGACGUGGCGACACUGCUAGCAUGCCCACAUCAGACUCUCCCACCGAGCACUCCGCCUAACAGCCACCAGCUGGUCCAGCUAGCCGGGCCCAAACCUUAUGGUGAGUGUGGCCCUGCUGAGUCUGACUGUCUGGUCAGGUCAGACGCUCGCGGCGUCUCUUCAAUGCCAGUGGCUUCAGAAUAUCCACAGAGAGAGUCAGAGGGACCUGUGGGUCAGCAGAUGUUUAUGGAGAGCAGCAAGGGCGGCCCGAGGCAACAGUGUCCUCUCUGUAACAAGCUGUUUUCCAGUACGUACACUUUAAAGUCACAUCUAUACAAGUGUCACAGGAGCGGUCAGUCACCAGUGGACGCCAUCUUGAGCGGAAUUCAUCCAGACUCCGCAAGCAGGUGGAAGGGCCGGGUGUUUGGCUGUAACGUGUGCGGCAAAGUGUUCAAGCGCUCCUCCACCCUCUCCACACAUCUGCUCAUACACUCCGACACGCGGCCGUACCCCUGCCAGUACUGCGGCAAACGUUUCCACCAGAAGUCCGACAUGAAGAAGCACACCUUCACGCACACCGGAGAGAAGCCUCAUGUCUGCCUCACUUGUGGAAAAGCGUUCAGUCAGAGCUCCAACCUCAUCACCCACAGUCGGAAACACGGAGGCCAACGAACGUAUCGCUGCCCGCGAUGCCUGUUCAGCUUCCAGCACAAGGUGGAUCUGCUCCAACACCAGCUGAACCAGUGCGGACACCGCUGAGAAUUAGCAGUAUAUAUAUAUAUUUUUUUUUUAGAAAAUUAAAUGUUUUGUUGUGAUGUUUGUGUUUUCAUUUUCUAAUGUAAUAAAUACUGUUUCUAUAAAUAGAUUCUUGUUUGCCAAGAGCAAUAGCUGUUUGAGUGUGUCACAAU